AUGGGGAGACACGGCUUUGGCAUUUGUUUCUUCUUCUCCUCUUUCUUCUUCCUCUUCUUCUCGCACCUGAGGUCUCUUCAGGUCAGCGCUGGAGUCCGGUUGAGAAGCUUCUCAGGCAGAAAUGUGGAAGUUCUUCCUCUCUCUCCACUUCGGUGGACGCAGGCGCUUCUUCCUUCCUCUCUCGCUCGCGGCGUCGCCGUUCGAGUCCAUGCCGCGCCAGAGUGUGUAGCCUUUGCAGAAUGCCCUGCUUGGAUCACGGAAAAAGGAACAACGGACCAAGCGCGGAGUGGGCUGUCUCCUCUCUCUCCGUUCCCUUCUUCUUCAUCUUCUUUCUCGUCUUCUCUCCGUUCCUCUCCCUCUUCUCCCUCUUCUUCUUCUUCUUCCUCUUCUUCGUCGGUCCUGUUCUCCUCCGUUGCCACAGCUGUGCAUCGUCCAGGGGAUUUGCUGGCAGCACUCGAGAGUCUGUGUCGAGAGGCGAAUUCUCAUGUUUCCUCCGAUGAGUUUUCCAGUCGACCCAGAGCCUCGAUGUCUUCUUUUCUCCCGCCGCUGCAUGCGUCUACAUCUCUCGGGGGCUCCCGCGGACCGGAGAGGAAAGGGCGUCGCAACGAACAGGGAUGCAUUUUUGGAAAUCGGUCUCUGUUUGCUUCUCGCAUGCAUGUAUCAGAGACAGAACGCGUCAGGAGGAGAGGGAACGUCACGCCUACUGAUCACCUUCCACAACGUCUCUCUUUUGGUGCGUCGUCUUCCCCGCCUCUGCCUUUUUCUGCCUUCUUUCUCCGCGCUUCUGCCUCUCCUCUCUCUCGACCUGCUGUUCGUUUUCUGCCGCCUGCGAGCUCCUCCUUUUCUUCGUCGCGGCUGUUUUCUUCGACUGCGUCUUCUUCUGCCCAAAACGCCGCAGGAGAGAAGAGAGAGACAGGGGAUGAGGGAGAGGAAGACGUACGCUGGAGAGGGCAAGUGCGUUACGCCGACCCUCUGCGAGACGCAUUGGAAGGCCGCGAGACGGCGGCGGAGCGAGAACAAGCGACUUUGUUCAGCAACGACGUUUUCUUCGAGUUCUGCGGAAGCCUGGGGGACGACGAAAGCCUCCAGGAGGCGGCGGACAAGGCCCUUCGAAGGAAAAAGACGAUGCGGAGGCACUUCGACGACAUGCUCGCGUACGGAAGAAGACUGUGCGCGAAACAAAGCGCGAAACGCGAAGAAGAGGCUUCUGCUUCCGACGCAAAAGGCGAACUCUCUGGAGAGAAGAGCGGAGACAGAGACGAGCAAGAGGACGAGGCACCACUCGGGGAACGAGGUCGAGUCCACGCAGGAAGGGAAGAACGCGGCGAAGGUCGCGGCCGAGUGAGCAGACACAAGGCAGGCUCGGAUAAGGAUGGCGGACGCCCCGCAUCCCGAAGAGAAGGCGAAGGCCUGUCGGAGAAGAUCCGCCGGAUCGGAGGAGAAGUCCAGGCUGAAUCUCAAAACAGAAAGAGAGAAGAACAAGCCGGCGACCAGGGAGGAGAGCAAGAAGAGACCCAAGUUUCGUCGAAUUCUCACCACCCAGGAACACGGCGGAACUCGGGCGCACAGAGGGGAAAAGAGUUGAAAGGCGUCCCCUUUCGGACAUCCGAAAAAAACUGUCGCGAACAAGGAAAAACCGAAUCGUCCGCGUCUCCACAUUUGACGGACGCUUCUUCAUCGUCGUUCUCUUCUUCUGGUCCGUCGUCUUCUCAUAACGCAUUUGGGACCUGGUUUGAACUCCACGAAGCGCAGGUGGGUCACUUCAUGAAACGCACGCGCGCGAGAGCUUGGGGAGAGAAACUGAGGAUUGGAGACAAGGAUGUGACGCUGGUGUCUGAGGCCUGGGGUCGUUCUCCGAGUGCGCAAGCAAAGCGCGAACAAGGAGAGCGAAUAUCGAGACAAAAACCUGCGCUUCGCCUCCCGGAAGUGGACGAGAAGGCAGGUGACGGCGGCGUUUUGUUCGACGAUGAAGACGACCAGGACUUGCCAGACAUUGUUCAGUCUCCAAACAGAGCAGCGUGGCUUGAGGAAACCUGGAUCGAAGGAGGAGACUCUUACACACGUUCAUCUUCUUCCGCUUCUUCCUCCUCUUCUUCUUCCUCUUCUUCACAGUGCCUGGAUGGCUUGGACUUCUUCGGCGCCGCCGGCGGGUGGCGCAGCUGCCGCCACACCGCAGAAGAAGUCGACAGCGCUAUGGACGCGAUGGUUGAGGAGACUGAGGGGAGUGCGCGCCGGGAACUGUUCGACGCCUUUGAUGAAAUUUCAGAAAAAGAUGAAGCGAUCAAGCAGUUGCUCGACAGCCGACCCAGACGCCAGACGCGUGCGGCUUGUGGGGUCUUUGGAGAGAGCGAAGAAACCGCAAACGGAGAAGCAACAGCGGCAGAUCUCGCCCAGGGGGAUAACUCCCUCUGGGUGGAGAAAGAAGGCCUUGUGUGGGGAGAAGGGGGAGCGACAGAGGCAGGUUGUGCACUCAACGCGGACAGCAAGGUCGAGGAUGCAAGUUGCUGGCAGAGCCGCUGUGGGGAGGAAGAGGGACAGGAAGGAAGAGCGCGCGGGAGAGUGGACGAAAAUCACUCGGUGGACCCCAAGUCGGGAGGUGUCGACGUGUGGCAAAUUGUGGCACAAGCUACGGAGACAGAACGACCUGACUCUGGCUUCUGGGAAUCCUGA